UGUGUGAAUUCGUUAACAAUGAUUUGAAUAUCGUUUGUGAAAUCCCAUUAAUCAAUGGUUUACAUUGGGAUACAAAUUUAAAACAUAUUUAAAAUGAGCUGCUUGGAAAUAACGUCUUAAUUAUUAUUUCGCUGUAUUUUGAAGUCGUAUAUCAACAGAAAUAUUAACCGGUAAGUAACAUUUGUGAAAAUAAUUACGUAUGUCUAAAUUUCAACAUCAAUUUUGUAUUAGUGUAACAACUUGUAAUUUUAAACAUUUAAGUUUAUGAUAACGUCUUAUAUACCUAUGUCUAGCCGUUUAAUGUACUCGUGUCAGGGCCAUAGCUGAGAUAAUAAGUCUAGAAAUAUACACAGGAUAGAUACUCGUAUGAGUUUUUUUAAACACGGUCAAAUUUUUGAGAAAUGUUUGAACUUAAACUCAUGAAUUACGGCUGCAAAAUCGUAUAAAUAUCAACGCUUCGACUGUACAGAAAUGAUGAGGACCUUGAAGACGUGUAAAAUACUUGGAUAAGGUCGUUGUGACUGUUUCUACAAAAAAGAUUAUACAAACCGGCGGCACAAUAAGAAAAUACAACUGUGUGAACGGGUGUAACACGUUUGGAGUGUUUGAACAAUGAGACUCACUCGUAAAACUAGUCUGAAUGGUUUUACAAUCGUAAAUUAUAUAUUAUAAUAUGAAUACUAAAUUGAUAUUGAUAUUUUAUGAAUUUCAAGUUUAUAAUUUGAUUCAGUGGCGAAACAAACGCGGUUUCCGAGAAGCGGUUGCGUCUCGGUUGCUAAGUAUAAAAAUAACUACAUAUUAUAGUAUUCGUUUAUUAUUAAUUUGGUAAAAAUAUUGGAUAACAUUGGGGGGUAGGUAAUGAGUAGAUUUUACGUUGCUCCGGGUUGAUUUUGGGUUCGUUUCACCACUAAUUUGAUUUAUGAUAAUAAUAUAUAAAUAGGUACUUUAAAAACUUAGUUUUAUAAUUUUUACAAUGUUUUUUUUCUUCAAUUAAGGAAUGAAAAUAAGAAUUAAAAUGUUUUCUACAUAUAUGUCCCUCUCGCAUAAAACCCGGUCAAAAAAAAAAAAAUAAAUAUUAACAAAAUUAUUAGCAUAAGGAUAACACUUUAGGACAGUUAAAUUAGAUAACCUAACCUCUGUAUAUUAUAGUUUUAUCAUUUUGGUUUUAUUCGUAAGCCGUUAUUGUUCGUUUAUAGUACAGAACUGUAGAAUACUAUAUAAUUAUUAUUAUAUGUGAAAACUUCGACCAGAAAUCCGAAUCCGGCACACGUAACCUAUACGUGAUGCACUAAUGUUGCAUUACCGUUAUUGUACUCGUUGAUCAUCAAAGUAUAUUUUUAUGAGAACCCAUGAUAAUAAAAUGCAAUAUGGUUUUUUUUCCUUACGAAGAUUGUGUUAUUUUCAGACAUUGUAAAAUCGUUUAUUGUUGACAUAUUUUUCAAAAUUUUACCACGCAGGGGUACCAUAAAUACGUAUUGACUAUUUUAAAAUAUAUCAACUUACGGUACUAUAUAUCUAUAGGCUGGAGAAGUUAGGAGUAUGGAAGGAAAUGAAAUGAAACAGCCCAUCUAAAAUUGGAUAUAAAAUUUAUUAAAUAAAGUUCUUUUUUGUUGUUAUUGUUAUUCGGUCAUUCAGGCGAGCGGGUAGAACUUGCGACAUAAGUUUCCUCUCCCCGACAUCCGGGUUUUAGAAUAUUUCACGGUAAAGGCAAUCAUAAUAUUAUGUAUCGACGUUUGCAUAAAAUUUAUACAGAUGUCUGCGAUGCAUUAGAAAUAUAUAGGCAUCUGCUCGAUUCUGGCCGUUGGUGAAACAUACGUAGAUCGACAGCACGAAAUAAAUUAUACCUAUAUAGAUAUAUAGGUAUCUACCAAGGUUAUAUACUGAUGACCGAACGUAAUGGGUAACUGACGAGAAAUUACGCGCAGAGUCAAAGGACAACGAUAUUAUAUAGCUGUAUGGCAUAUAGGCAUAUUAAAUUAUGGUAUGAUUUCAAUUUGAAACACAAUAAUAAAUCGAAACGUCGGUGCAUUAUUAUAUCGAGACAGGUUCUUUUUUAUUUUUUUUUUUUUUAUCAAAAACUAGGUAUAGGUAUAUAUAUUUCAUAAUAUUUACGAUAAAGAAAAAAGCGGCUGCGUCAGUUUUUGUGCGUAAUAAUCAGAUAUAGCUCUCCGGUUGUUAUAUAACGCAUUAACGCCUAUCAUCACUUUUCAUCGAUUGAAAUAAUUCUUUUAUACAUUUAUUAUAUCUCUAUAUAAUUAUGCAAUUUUAAAUGUUUUGAACUCGUAAUAAAAUAUAUAAUGAUUAAUAAAUGGAGAACAAGAAAACUCGUCGAAGAUUCGGAUCAAACAACCAUCAUUAGAUAGCAUUUUCAGAUUACGGAAAAAAAAAAAAAAAACGUCGGUACACAAUACAGUAACUACUGUAUAAUAUAGUUUGCAAGGGUAAACUUUUCAUCAAAUUUCUAUAGAUUUUAGUCUGGUUUUUUUAUUAAAAAACAUAUUUUACAGAAAUAAUUCUCUAAAGUGAACCGAUUUCGAUAACAUGUUUUUCGUUGAAAAAAGGAUGACUUAAGAAUUAUUAUAGCUCUUACGUGGGACAUUGGACUUGGAUUUUGAAAGUUAUAAUUCUUAAUGCUAUAUAAUUAGAGUUUAAAUAUGAUACAUUUUCUCCAUUCUCUCUCCCCUCCCCGUGGUUUUUGGACACAUAAUCAAAAAUCAAAGUCUAUCCCUGUAGAGAAUUUUCCAUUUUCAAACAGGAAAAUAAACACAAAGUAUGAGAGUUUUUAACUGAUAUGCUAUGGUUUUGAUUAAUAAUAAUUUGUGAAACGCUACAAUCAUCAAUAUUAUAAGUUCCUCCUGAUCAAUUUUUCGAAAACUGAGCCCCGUAUUAUAGUCAUCAAUAUAGGCACUGUCAAUAAUAAACAAUCAGUCUAUAUUUUAUACAUACGGCAUUGCUAUCACUUCAAUUUAUUUAAGUGUGUUGCCGAUGUUCUGCGAGAACUCUAGUGCGGUGAAGCCAAACAAUAAUAUAAUAGGUACAAUAAGGUUAAUAAUAACAAGCGAUUACACGACAUGAAAUUAUAUUUGCAUAUGCAAAUGUGUUAGUUCAUUGGUGAUCAUGUUUAAACAUGCAUUUUUCAUUCUUAUUAUAUAGAUAGUAAAAAUAUUAUUGCCAAUGAAAUACGAUUAUGAGCGAAGUUCGGUUAUGCAUUUUUUAAAACGCUUUAAAAAACUAUUAAAUUAUACUCAAUUUUUUAUUCACCAUUACAUACAACUUAAUAUGAUUCCCGUGUUAAAUUUUUAAGCGUUUCUGUUUGGUCAAACAAUUCGGCGGGACUCGGUAGGCAGAUUUUAAUGAAAUCUAUGCCAGUUUUGUCUAUUUUAUAUAAUUUUGAAUCGGUAUAAAUCAAACUCAACGGGAAGAUAAGUUCCCUGUCUGGUACUGAAUAUUGACGAGAGUUAAUGUUAAUCGAUCAUCAAUCUUAUUAGUUAUUAUUCAUCAGACACGAUGACGACGUGUAUGUGAAUAGAGAGCGGAUAUAUGAACAAAUCUCGUCGAUAUGUUUUACGCUGCAAAUUUUCCGGUCGGUUAUAUACUCGUAUAGGUACUUAUACGUUUCAAAAACAAUUACUAUAACGGUGGUUCUAGACGUACGAGUUUAAUGAUCUACCGUGUCCGACAUGAGUAAUAUAAAUGUUUUGUUUAAGAUUGCUGCAGUAUAUAAAAUGUACUUCGUGAUGACGAAAUAAAAAAAUAUAUCUGCCGAAAAGUUAUGUUUGAAAAAAACAACACACAAAUAUAGGUAAGAAAAAUAUCGUUAAACUCCAAUACAACAUUAUAAUAAUUAGGAUAGGGAAUUAUAAAUUAUAGUAGGAAAAACCUAUAUUUAUUUAGUAGCGAUGUGUGUAGAUAGUCGAGUGUGUUGGCUUUGCGGAUAUUAUAAUAUUCUAAUGAAAGGAAGUUGUGCGCCCGCGUAAUAUACACGUUGAGUACCUACAGCCGAUAAAUCGCAGAGAUUUGAAAUUUCGAACUUAGGCGGGAAGUAUUCACAAAGAUUUCGAAAUCGGAUUGAAAAAUUUGCGAUUCCUUUAAAACGUGGACGAUCAACGUUUAUUUUGAACUUUGGACUCGGAAUGCUUAAUAUUAUAAGCAUAUUAUUAAUUUGCAUAUUAUAUAGGUAGGUGUAUAUUUUUUACAAGUAGAAAAUAAUACGAUUAUUAUUAGAAUACAAUAAACACCGGAUGACCUAAAUAUUCAAGACGAUACUGUUAUUAAAAUUCACUAUAUUAUAUAGGUAAGUUUUGUAAUAUUAUUAUCUGUGAUUUCAAAUGCAUUUUCUGUGACUUUUCGAGUGUAUUAGGUAUAAGUGCAGUAAUUUUCGAAGAAACGAUUGAUAAAGCUAAUUAGUCAAUUAUAAUAGUAUUUGGAAGUAUGUUGGCGUAUUUCAAAUAUGAAAUAUUGAUUUAAAUAAAAUGCUAUACAUAAUUAUAUUAUAUAUCGAUACAUAUUAUGUACAAAAACAGAAUAAUUAAUACCUAUAAAAACCUAUAAUACCUAUUGAUACUUAUAUAAAUGAUAAUAUUAUUAAUUAUUUAAUGGAGUCUUUCUUAGAAACUUUUUAAAUUAUUUAUGUUUUUUCUCACGAGAUUUACUCGUGGUUUUUAAUUUUUGUAGUGUUAAACUGGCUAUGCUAGUAAUAUUAAAAAAUAAAAAAUAGGCAACUUUGUUUCAUGCACUAAUAACCUAACUAAUUUUAUUAUUUUUAAUUAAAUAAAUACUGACCCUUAAGAAAAAAAUUGUAGCUACUUUACACACAGUAAAUUGAAAAUGACAUCUUUUAUAUUGUACCGGUGUAAUUACAGUUUUUUAACGAAGUUUAUAGUUUUAAAAAAGUUGAAAAUAUUGAAAGUAUUGUGUGGAUUGAGGGCUUCUUCGAUUGUUGUAGGAUUGUUGAGAAGAUGACGUGAGGCUGAGAAAUUCGGACAACGAAUAAUAAUAUGUCGCAUGUUGGUUUGGGUUCUUUAGUAAUCAGUAGAGCGCGGAUUUAUAUGCAUUUGCAUAUUUAGUUUGGUUGAUUGUAUGACAUGCUAAGUGAGCACAAAAUAUGUUUCAUGACGUAACGAUUUAAAAAAUGAAACUUUUUUUAAGUGCAUAUCGAUUACGACCAAUGACCAUUUAUAAUUGAUAUUGUUUCAGUCACGUUAAAAUAUUUACCGUGCGUUUGUGUGUUCUUUCUAUUGUAAUUCGCGUUUUCAUUACUUUAUUUUUAUCAAAAUGCCGAAAGAUAAAUCGUUGUUAUCGAGAGUCGUAUAAAAACAUAUGUAUAUAAAUAUAUCUAUAUUUAUUUAUUUCAUUUUAAAAAGUACUUUAUUUUCAUAUAACUUGAUAAACUUUUAAGUUCCUGUUAGAAAUCUAAACCUGUAUCUAUAUAGUAUAAACUAAUAAAAUCAAAUUUGUAUUUUGAUAUUAGACACAAAAUGAAUAGAUUCAUACUUAGGUACAAACAAUAUUUGAUUAAUUAAUAUUUGUAUUUACAAUGUAUAAUUGGUACCUACCAUCUUGAUUUUUAUCGAUAACAACCCGUGUCCUAAAAAACCACAUGGUCCCAUGGGUCGUAAUUUCCGUACUAUUGGGACAAUAUUAUUAUGUUUAUUUAUAGAUGAAGUGAUAUUCGGAAUACAUAAUUUUCGAGGCUCUGCACAAGCGCCAUUACCUGCUCUCCCACCCUAGGGUGGGCACUGAGUGACAGGUGUGCCAUGUACCAUUAAAAUUUAGUGCAUAUAUUUAUGCAUAUUUAAGAUUUUUUAACGCAUAUUUGGUCGGUUUUUAGUGUGUAUAAAUCUGCGCUCUAGUAAUCAGAUAAAAGUGGGUGAGAUGUGAGUGGCCUAUUCUGGUUCUAUUGAUUAUGAUUUGUUCUGUCCUAGAUGCGUUAAUAGGGUAUGCUUAUUUUACUACUGUUUUGUUUUAACGUUUCUUAGUUUAUUGUUGUAUUUAUUGUUGAUGGGAGUGGACUCUUAGUGAUUUUGCCAAGUACUAAGGAUCCGUUUCUUAGCUUCAUUUAUCCAAUCUUUGUAAGGAAUUUUGUUUAAGAUAAUUUACGAUGAGAAUGAAACCAGUUCGUGCGCUACUGCAUCAGCUUUCUCGUUCCCUGUGAUUCCUACCGUGAGAUGGUAUCCACAUAAAAUUGAUUAUGUUUCUCGAUGAGGAGAUAAGUUUAUUGGUGAAUUGAAUGAGUUCAUUCUGAGGCAGUUGCUCUUGAAGAGACAAUAGACCACUAAGACAAUCAUUCAUUAUAAGAGAACAUUUAUUGUCUGAUAUGGCUGCAAAUUUUACUGCCAAAUAUAUUGCAUACAUUUCCGCUGAGCAUAUGCUAGUGAAUGUAGGAAGGCGGAAUAUUCUAACUAAGGGACAGUUUACUAUUGUGAAACCUGUUCCUAUUGAGUUUUUUGAUGCGUCUGUAUACAUUAGCGCAUGGUCGUGAUAAUGGAGGUAAACUAAUUUGCAGAAGUGUGUGACAAUGAUUGAGUUUGAGGUUGAGUUUUUGUUGUAUUUGAGAAGAUCUGUAUUUAUAUCGGGAGACCAAGUCCAAGACGCGGAUUAUGCAAGGUGAAAUCUACAUUAUACAACGUUUAAAAUAGUGAUUCAAUUACUGGCUCUACCUGUUAUAAAUUUAAAAUGUUGGUAGCGCAAUUAAUGUAUACCGUUUUGAAAAAAAAGUUCAUUGUAACCCAAUUCUUGGGCGCCCGAUCACGGUAGUCGGGAUAGCUGCGUGUCUGAGUCGAUGAUUCGAAAAAUCAAAUGAAAAGAUUGAAGAACAAUACUGUCCGUUUGUUUAUUUGUUGAUCAGUGUACUAUAUCGGCCUGGGCAAGUACUAUCGAUAAUGUUAUAGUAUCAAAACGAUGAAACAUUUGUAUACAAGGAAGAAUAAAUGGGAAUACCUAGUUUAGGUAAAUUAUAUUCAAUUUUCUCGAAAUUUAAAAUGUGAGACUACUCGUUUUUUCCCCGGAUCUUUUAAAUUGACUUAAAAUUUUCGUAGACAUGUAUUAUUAUCGGUGGUUCGAGAUAGAUGAGGUAAUCUGUACCACAAUAAAUGCUUAUAUAUUACAUGAGAUAUUUUUACUCCGGAAAACGAUUAAAAACAUCGUCUAUACAAUGAAUAUAACAGACACAUAGACACGGCAUUUUAGGUAACCGCAUAUCGCAGGUAGUAUUUGUAUUAGUUUACAAAUUACGUAAACUAACAAAUAAUUUAUUAUUUAACAGAUGAAAUAUAACUUGACAAAAUUGUUGUAUAUUUUUAUAAUUGAAUUAUAUAAUGACAAUUACUGUAUGUGUGAACAUCGUGACUUACAUGGUGAUCGUACGAGUACAUAGUAUGUACUCGUACGAUCUUGGAAUUGACUUAUCAUGGAAAAACUUCGUAGACAUUAUUUUUAUAUGCUUCUCAAAAAUAUGAAAUUAUUUUGCCCUAUAAAUAAGGACCACCCUAGUACAUAUUAACCUUAAAUCUAUCUUGACUAUAUGCUUGACCAUUAUACUAUGUUAUCGUUGUAACCAUUGUAAUACUGAUAAUAUAUCAUACAGUAUUAUUUUUAAACAUUUAUAUUUUUUGUUGGUUUUAGAUUUCCACCAAAAAUUGUCAAAUAAAACAAAAAACAUAAAAAAAAAUCCCAAGAAUAAUAAUGUACAAACAAAAGUUUGUUAUACUAUAUUUAUUGUAAACGUUACAUUAGCAUUUCAAUUUUUUUUAUAUUUUUAAAUGCGUUAAUAUUAUUCGAAUUUUCAAUUUAAUUAUUCAAUUCGUUGAUAAUGAAUUUAUAUGACAUAUACGUUUAAUCCAUAAGGUAUCUAGGUCUAUUCAUUAGUUCAGUCGGGUGUCAAGUAGAAUAGUGUCUUCAAUUGGCUUUAUCACUUUUUCCAAUAAAAAAUUAUGCAGGUAUUUUUUUUUUUUGAGUUUUAACUUUUAACUACUGAAAUGUUUUUUUUUUUUUAUAUAUAUAUAUAUAUUCGUAAAUAUAUAUUUCAUUUAUUUAGAAAGUUGUGAUAAAUCAUAAGUUUACAAAGAUAUAACUAUAUUAUAUAUAGAGAUAUACACCAUAGGCAUGAAAUACCUAUAUAAUAUUAUAUACUUUAAUAUCACAUAAUACAUUUUAGAAUUGUUUAUAUAAUUUUUACUAAAUUGACCUAAUAGUAGGGUCAUGUGCAUUUUCACUAACCUUGAGAAUUUUAAUUUUCUUUUUAGUUCGAGUCGAAUAAUAUGACCUUUCCACUAUUGAAUUAUUUUCGUAGCUAAUUUGUUUUUAAAAGCAAUUUUGACAACUCGAUAAAAUAUAAUAAUAUCUGUUUUAUUGCAUUCUAUAUAUAUAUAUAAAGCCAAUAUAGAUUUAGUUUUUUAAAAUCAGUACCUAAUAUGUCUUAUUAGUAAUUUAGCAUUUACUAUUGAAAUUAAUUAACGGCAUCCAAAAUGAUUGAGAGAAAUUCAGAUCGAGUGAUGGAGCUUUACGAGUGGUUUUUUUGUGUCCCCAUUAAAUUUUAGAUAUCAAAAAGUACCUAUUUGUACCUUUAACUAUAUACUUAUGGACUGUGAUUUAUUAUUAUUAUUUCUUGUUUUGUUCGUGCUGCAGACAGCAACUCAUAUACGGUGAACGUUUGCAUGAUCUUUGUCUACUACGGGAACCUCCAUAGACUGAACUUCAGCGCGGAUAAACGUAAGCCGGUUUUUGAUUUUUUUUUUUUUUUAUCUGACCAUCUUCUCUAAACCACUCGUGGAUUUUAAGAUUUAAGGUUAUACUUCGUUGUUAUAAUAUACCGGAAUGUUUAUCCAUACAAUAAAGUUAUCAUAACUGCAUCAAGUAUAUAAAGUACUUAAUUGUCUAUAUUUAGGUAACUAAAUAUAGACAAUUUAUGUCGUGUACCUAUGUAUGAUGUUUACGAAAUACUCGUUCAGGCUUUGGAAUUUCUCUAGAGUAUAGAUAUUCUUCUCUAUAAUUAAUAAUUGUUACUCUAUAGUAAAUAUAAACUAUUUUUCCUGCAGAAUUUAAUUUUUGUUUUUUCUCCAGUUUAUGUACAUCACCAUCAUCAUAUGUUGCAGUCAUAUGAACUAAUUUUAAAUCGAAAUGCAAAACACUUUAACUAUAAUGUGCAAAUUGACAUUCUUGAGCCUAUCGAUUAGUUUCCUGUAAUACGACUGCAGUAUGGCGGCGUGUUAUUUUGUACUGGGGAUAACCAUACAAAUUUUAAGAGCUCAUUUUCGAUUUGUUUUCAUCUGCGCGCGAGGGUUUUCAAAUUUCUCAAAAUAGCUCAACUGCUUAUUAAACCUAGAGCUAAAUAAAUCUAAUCAUAAUAAUAAUAAUAAUAAUUCGAGCGGAGUACCUAAAAAAUGUAUUAUUUUUUAUUUCCCGUAUUUAUCAUAAACAAGUAUAUUAUAUAGUUUAGUAAUAAUCAUUUAUGCCUUCAUACAAUAUACGACUGCACGUUACAUAAGGCUAUCAUCAGGCUUACAUCAGAUAAUAUAUUAUAUUUAAUAUAAAAUCAACGGCACACCAUUUUAUAGUUACUAAGUUACCUAUAGUAAAUUGAAUUAAUUUAAAUAAACAUUUUACGAAAUAUGAAUUUAAAUAAAUGUAGACUUAAUAUAAAUUUAGUCGAUUGCGAAUAUUAUAUUCUAUUAUGUUCGAUAAAUUAUUGGAAAUUCAGCUUUUUUUAAUCAAAUUUGUUGACAGUUACGAGCAAUCAAUUAUAGGCACCCACUUCAAAUUAUUUCUCUUAAUUUUUUUUUUCUUUUAUUUCGUUCGAUAAAAUAUAACGAAACGAGAUUUUAAUAAAUAAUAAUACGCAAUGUGAUAAUGUGCAAACAAAAGAUUUGAGUAGUAAAUAAUUUUGAAAAAAAGUUUCAUAAAACGUAGAAAUUCGACAAGGAUCUGCAUGUACUGUUUGUGAAUUUGAAAACAAUAUAUGAAAGUACUAAUAGAUAAUGUAUAUUUGGUAUAUCAGAAUACCUAAUUUUGUUUUCUAUAGAAAAUUACCAAUAUAGUGAAGGCAAAUAAAAAUGCCAACAUUAAAGUUAAAGUAGAAAGAUACUCGAGAGAGAGAGUGAAAGAUCUAAAUAAAUACUGGUGUGAGACAGAGUGAUGCCCUUUAUGUAUAACCUAAUUUCGUUCAGAAUCGUUUUUUUAUUAGUAAUGGUUUAUCGUUGAUUAUAUAAAUAAUAAAUAACUUUAUAUAUCUCACUUACCCAACUAUCUACUUACAACAGUGGCCUCACGUGUUCCCCGUAACUACUAUUUUUCUUUUUUUUUUAAAUUACUGAUAUUAGUGUUUUAUUUUUCCAUCAAAGUGAUACUGCUUUCCAAUUAAUUUUUUUUUUCGAGUUAUUUCGAUAUUAAUGUCGAAUUUUUAUUUCUUAAACUACCAUCAAUAAUAUUAAAAUUAAUCCUUAAUUCCGUUUCGGACUAUACGUAGAAAUACAAAAUACAGUAUCUGCUUAAUGAAGCAUUUUUCGUUCAGUUUUAAAUAUAGUAAGUAUUCGAAAAACAAUUAUAAAAACCAAAUUAAUUAUUAACAAACCAUUUCGGUCGAAAUAAGUAUUGGUUUUUUCAAUAAACAAAAAUGCUUGAAGAUAAAAAAAACUUUCCAGUAUGAUUAAUAACUUUAUUUCGACUAAUAAAUUCUCAUCUAGGCAAACAUGUUAUCAAAAGUGUAUAGGUAAUGAUUAAUGAUUGUAAAGUAUUACUUUUUUUUGCGGAAAUGUCGAUCAGUUUCGAAUUUAAUUAUAACUUUCGAUUUAAUGUUUUCUGUCAUGAAAAGAGUAAACCUUUAGAUUUAGUGGUAUCGAAGAGAUGUUCAUAAAAUGGUUUUAUUUUCUUAUCAUUCAGAUGGGAUGGUAAAAAUAAUCCCAAAUGAUAAACAAUCAUGGGUGCGCAGUUUUACGACGUCGCAUGAUCUUAUUUGGUAAAGAUACAUGGCUAUAAGUAGUACAUCACUCAAGGUUGAAGGCAAGAUAUACACAAAUAUAGCAGUGUAGAAAACAAAACAGAUAUAAACAUACAUAUGGAUUUUUGAAUUUUUUUUGGUUUAACAAAAAAUGUAUAGUUUUAUUCUCUGUAGAUUCUAUAUAUGACUAUAUAAUACAACUAUAAUAUAAUAAUUAGAUAUGUAGGUAGACAUUAUUAUUUUAUUGUAUUAGAUUAGUGGUAUUCUGGUUAAUGUAGACAUAGGGCACUUAUUAUUGUCUUGUGUGGAGAUAACAACCAAAAUGAAAAAAAAAAAAAAUGUAAUUGACAAUAAAAAUAUGAGCUUUAUUUGUAGUUUAUUGUUACACAGGUAUACAGAUAAUGAACCAGGAAAACAAAAACGAGAUCGGUAGAGGACACGAUAACCGGAUAGACCAGAAAUAAAAUCAUUCAAUUCGUGUCGGGAUUGUAAUGGAAAAUCAAGUCCACUUUAUGACGUAACUUCAACUUGCUACGUAUAUACAGUACACUGAAUCAUCGACAACGAAAUAGUCGGUAUCAAUUAGAAUAGUAAUAUUAUUGAUCAUUUGUAAGUGACUAUUUUAUCCUUGAAAAGUUUAUUUAAAAAAAAAAAAAACAAUUCUUUUAUGAGCAUAAAACUGAACCAAGUUCAUAAACCACUUUUUUUUCUUAGUAAACUUGCUUAGUUCAAGUUAAUUUGUAAUUGAACUUACACUAAGUACAUGCAAUGGAUAUUUUAUUACUGAUUUUUAUAAUUUAACUUAUUUAUAGUGGUUUUAUUGAAUAUCAUAUUAGAUACUUAUAUGGAGUAUGCAGUGUACUUUUAACUAUUCAAUAAUCUUAAGAUGAUGUCACGCAGUAAUAUAUUCGCCAUUUCUUUAUUUCUAAGGAGUAAUAUUGCAAAGUUACAUUACCUGAUUAGAAUUUAAAUUGUGUAGUCCAUUAGGUUGAUACCAAAAAUACUUACUUAAAUUAUUUUCUUAAGUCUUCGAUAUAAAAUUUAAAACCUGAAUUAAAAUGUUUGAUCCAAAUAAAGUUCAUGUUCAUUAAAAAUAUGGCCAUAAUUUUAAAAAAAGUUUAUUCAAAUAAAAUUAUACUUACGAUCUUGAUUUAUGUUUCGUACUUCAUUAACUUUGAAUUACGAAUUCAUUUAUUCCAAAAUUUCUGAAAAAAAAAUACACAUUGUUAAAUAUCAAUAUUUUCAAUUCUACGAUAUUAAUUUGACUUGACGUUGCGAAAAUUUAGCAAAUUUUUAUAUUGUGCGCACUGAAAAAUGAACGGUGAUAAUAAAAUAUGCGUAAGCACAAUAAAUAGGAAUAUCAUUUUUUCACGUAGUAUAUACCUGCAUAAAUAAUUUGGCUAGUAUAUUACCUUAGUUCGGAGAAUUACGAAAAGCAACGCAAACUCGAAGUAAAAUAAAAUAAAUAUAAAUAAUUAGCCGAAACAAUGGAGUACACGAAUCAAUGGAAUUACCUACUAUUAUUUUAUAACAAGUUCCAUAAAAGUGUUUAAUUAAUAUUAAUAAUAAUUAAUUAUAAAAUCAUACGUCAGCAAAACUUGAUAUCUUCAAUAAUUAUGUAUAAUAUGAAUAUUUUUAUCUAGUUUUUUUUAGCGAGUCAAAGGAAACGAAACGUAGAUAUUCACGAUUAUUAAAGUUAUCAUGGGACUAGAAAAUUUAUUUUAGUAAAUUAUAGUAUUGACCAUUAGCAUUACCUAUCAACUUACGAUUCGCCAAAAUUAUUUAUAUAAUAAAUUAUUUUUUAAUUUUUCGAGUAGGUAUUUUCAAUGAUUGAGAAAACCCGGAAAAAGACCGUAGUAAUUUUUUUUUUAUAAUUGUUUUAAUAUCAAAUUUUGAUGAAAAUCAUAAAUAUUACGGUCUUUUAAAUGAUGUUUGACCGAACUUCACUUAGUAUCGUUUUUCGUUAGCAGUGGACAGUAGUAAUAUAAUAUAAUGGACGUAUAAUAUUGUUUUUAAUCAUCAAAUAUAAUGUAAGGUGAAAAAAAAUCACAUAAUAAAUCGAAAAAAAAAAUGAAAUUUCGUUGNUACAAUAUUGUAUACUGUGAAUUGUGUUUUGAUAAAAUCGAUUAUAUCAUUUAGAUCAAGCGAUAGAAUUUUUUUUUUAAUGUAUCUAAUAGAAAAAAAAAUGUAUUCUACUAUAUUAAUUAUCGAUAGGAACGCUGAAACUAUACUUGAAUUAGCAUUUUCGUCGAAGAAUUUAUUUUCCGAUUUGAUACCGGUGGAAAGAACUCUGUUAGUAAUCGGGAACAAAAAUGCGGUGAGUAUAAUAUUUUAUUCGUAAUAAUACAGAAUUAUCGAUUUUACAGACUCGAUAGAUUAUGGAAUCAACAGUUUACAUAACGGUUUUUAUGCAACCGAGUAUAUGAGUUAAUAUAUUAUUAAAAAUAAUGAGAAUGGAGUGAUGAGAUGGAAAAGUAGAGUGACGCGAGAAUAUAAGAUAAGAAAUAAGUAAAUAAGAGGUAACACAGGCGUGGUUUCGAUAGAAGAAAAAUUACAGGAAAUAAACUUAGGAAGAAAGAGAGGAAUAGGAAGACAGAAAAAUAGGUUGUUGGAUACAAUUGAUUAUCUAUGUUAUGAGGACAUUCAAAUACAGCCAGUGGAUGCGUAGUGGGAGAUUAAGUCAAAUAGAAGUUUAGGCUGAAAGUAGCUGACCCAAAAUAUUUCGGAUAACGGCAGAGAAGAAGAAAAAAAACGAAUUAAACUAAAAACUAAGACAAAAUAUUAUUAGAAAAAAACCACCAAAAAGAAACAAAAAUUACCCAAUGAUAAUAUAGGUAGGUAUAUAAUUAAUUGUUUUUUUUUUUAAAUAGGGGCGUUGUAAAGUAACAACGGAAAAUUCACUUUACACUGCAUGUGUAAAUUAAAUAAAAUAAUUAUAAAUAAUUAGCCGAAACAAUGGAGUACACGAAUCAAUGGAAUUACCUACUAUUAUUUUAUAACAAGUUCCAUAAAAAUUUAAAAUUAAAAAAUCAUACGUCAGCUAAACUUGAUAUAACUUCAAUAAUUAUGUAUAAUAUGAAUAUUAUUAUCUAUUUUUUUUUAGCGAGUCAAAGGAAACGAAACGUAGAUAUUCACGAUUAUUAAAGUUAUUAUGGGACCAGAAAAUUUAUUUUAGUAAAUUAUAGUAUUGACCAUUACCUAUCUACUUACGAUUCGCCAAAAUUAGGUACCUUCUGUAUUAUGUUUUGAAAUGUAUUUUCAAUAUUGUUAUACUUACUUAGUAUAAAAAGUAUACCUACAAAUAUAAUCUGCUGCAAUACACCGAAGCAAAAUAUGCAAAUUCGCGUUAAAUAUUCAUUCGUUAAUUUAAUAACUAUUUAUAUAAAACGUACGUAGACAAUAGUAUGAGUUUUAUUCAUGUUAUGGUAAUCGAUUAUUAUGCGUGUAUACAUAUCCGUUCGAACAUCUGAAGUUUGGGUAUUUUUGUGUUUAAUAAUGUUAUACACAUAGGCGCAAUUUCACAUUUAUACUGGUGGGGGGGGAUACUGAAUAAAUCUGUGACUUUUUCUCCUACACAGCCCUUCAGUUUAUCUUUAAAAUUUGUUUAAAAAUCUCACUACAUUUUCAUAUCACAUUUUAUUGAUGGAUACAUUAUGAAUCAUAAUUUAUGCUUAUUCUAAAUCAUUUAAUACUAACCACUGAACUAAAUAUAUGAAAUGCGCAUUAUAUAUUUUCUUGGAAAUGUUUUUCAAAGCCACUUUCCUCAUUUUCUCGUCUUUCCCUCAAAGUUAAAAUAUUAUGUUAUAUAUUAAAUUGGAUUAUUUUAAAAAACCAUAAAAUUAAACAUUAUUCGUCGAAUAGCCUUAUUCCGACAUUGAACAAAUUGUACAUUUUAUGAUUUAUUUUAUAGGAACGGUGAAGAAUGAGAUUACAAUGAAAUUUCACUUAAUAAAUACAUGCAAGGGUGCACCACUGUAAAUUAUAAACGAAUUAAGUCGUUAAGUGAUAAAAAAUGUACCAAUAUUAACUGCAGAAAUAAGAACUAUUCUUACAGGUAAUUAUUUACGUAUAUUGCUUAAUUUUAGGAAAAAUUAUUUUUUCAUUAUUCAGAUAAGUACUUAUAAAUAUUUCCAAUUCAAUUGUUUUUGUUUUUGAACUAAUGUAAAUCAUAAAUAAUACUUUCUAAACGUAUCUUAAUUUCAUUUUUUCUUAAUUUUAGUAUCUACUUAGAAAAAGUAAAUGGGAAAUAUUUGAUCCUUUUUUAAAUUCUUAAACACAUUACUUUUCUCUUCUCAUAGGCUCUUUGUUCAUUUCCCCCCCCCCCUUUAAUAUUUUAAUAUUUAGAAAAAAGUUAUUAUGAAUGAAACAUGUUUUAAUCUCAUAUAAACUUUAAAAAUUACUUUUCUAAACAGACCAUUGUCGAUAUUUUUCCAAAAUUUAACUACUUAUAAAUAUAUAAUUUUAUAAUUUUUAUGAACUUAUAUUAUUAUAUUAAUCAUAUUACUUUUAUACACGAAUAUUUUGUUUGGAUAUCCAUUAUUUAAUCAUCUACGUCUAAAGGCAUAUCAUCCAUGUGUGAUAGUACAUCAUUACCACCAGAAUUAUCUAUGUAUCUUUCUGAUCAAUAUUUCAGCUUUUUUUAACUACGAACAUCUCAGAUUUUGCAUAUACUAUGUUAGUAUCAAAAUAUACAUUUUCUCAAUACUCUUAAUCCGUACCUUAAUUGUCAUUUUUCUACUCCAAUUUUACCAUCUUUUUAAAAAUUGUAUAGUAUAAUAUUGUAUUAAAUAGUAUUCGGUUAUCAUUUAUUGUUUCACAAAGAAUAUUCUAGAAUAUAAACUAAACAGGAAAAAAUUCGAAUAUAGCGGAGCUCUGCGGCUGUAGUUUUUUAGUUAUGCGUAAAAACGGUGAACCAGAAUUUCGUUGUCUAUUUCGUGUAUCCAUGACAACCUGUGUGCAUAAUAUGUAUACAAAGCAAAAAAGAAACACAUGUUUCCGCACGGAAUUACAGUGUUCAGCAUUUUCUCACAUACCAAAACCGAAAAAAAAAAACAUCAAAUGAGUGGUUUUUGUUAUAGUCAACCGUUAAUAAAUUAAUAAAUUACCUAAAAUUUUGAAUUACAUUAAUUGUGUUUGUAUAUAAUAUUGUCUUCCUACCGCUCGUUUAAAUAGGUAUCUUUGCGGUAUACAAUUAUGGCGAUGUUAUUUUCGAGGUAAGUGUUGUAUUACGAAUAGUUAUGUAAACAAUGUUAACAUACGUACAAAAAAAAAAUAAAAAUAAAAACGAUUUAAUGAAUUUUAAAUGUACAGUAAUGGACUUGUGACCUUUGUACACGUCAUUACACCACGUCCGAUAAAGCAUAUGUAUGGACAAUAUCCGUUAAACAUUUAUAUUUUUUUUUUUUUAGUAAAAUUUAAUUCAUCAAAGAAAAUCCACCGCAUAAUCACAUUAUUUGUAUUUUUAAGACAUAAUUACUUGACAUUUAAUUACCAUGCGUAAUUAAAUGUUGUUGCGUAAUUUACGCUUUCGAACAGAAAACUUGCUCCAAUCAAUAAAUGAUAAGAAACUCUUAUUGUUGUAUUUCGGAUUUAGUAAGUGAAUUAAAGAGGCAUUUUUUUUAAAAAUUUUCUAAGGGGUCUUAAAACCCAGAAUUGCGAAUAACCGGAAAUAAAAUACUUAAUAGAAAAAACGGCAAUUAUUUAUAAUAGCGUUACCGAUUUUAAUAAUUUAAAUUUUUACGUUUUGCUUUUUCUACCAGAAAUAUUGUUCCAAUAAAAAAAAAAGCCAUUUUUUUUUUUUGUUGCAAUUUUAAUCUAGUAUAUGAGUAAAUAAAUUAUUUUUUAAUUUUUCGCGUAGGUAUUUUCAAUGAUUGAGAAAACCCGGAAAAAGACCGUAGUAAUUUUUUUUUUAUAAUUGUUUUAAUAUCAAAUUUUGAUGAAAAUCAUAAAUAUUACGGUCUUUUAAAUGAUGUUUGACCGAACUUCACUUAGUAUCGUUUUUCGUUAGCAGUGGACAGUAGUAAUAUAAUAUAAUGGACGUAUAAUAUUGUUUUUAAUCAUCAAAUAUAAUGUAAGGUGAAAAAAAAAUCACAUAAUAAAUCGAAAAAAAAAAUGAAAUUUCGUUGAUUAAUCAACGCUGGUUGUUUAUCUUAAUAUUUACUAAAUCACGAUUGUAAAAAUUCGUACUACAAAAAUCAUUCUGGGUUUGACCAAACUAUUUUUUUUUUGCCUUACCGGUAUUAUAUGGUAAUAUAUAUUAUAGAAUAUAAUAAAAUAAAAAGCUUGACAUAAAAAUAGCUUAAAUAUCAAAAAUAUGCUAUAUAAGUACCAACGUCAAAAUAUGCAAAAAUAUAUCGCAUUUUACAAUUUUUAGUGCAAAAUUUAAUUUUCGCAUUUAUAACGUAAUUUUUUCGAUUUGAUUACAAUAUUGUAUACUGUGAAUUGUGUUUUGAUAAAAUCGAUUAUAUCAUUUAGAUCAAGCGAUAGAAUUUUUUUUUUAAUGUAUCUAAUAGAAAAAAAAAUGUAUUCUACUAUAUUAAUUAUCGAUAGGAACGCUGAAACUAUACUUGAAUUAGCAUUUUCGUCGAAGAAUUUAUUUUCCGAUUUGAUACCGGUGGAAAGAACUCUGUUAGUAAUCGGGAACAAAAAUGCGGUGAGUAUAAUAUUUUAUUCGUAAUAAUACAGAAUUAUCGAUUUUACAGACUCGAUAGAUUAUGGAAUCAACAGUUUACAUAACGGUUUUUAUGCAACCGAGUAUAUGAGUUAAUAUAUUAUUAAAAAUAAUGAGAAUGGAGUGAUGAGAUGGAAAAGUAGAGUGACGCGAGAAUAUAAGAUAAGAAAUAAGUAAAUAAGAGGUAACACAGGCGUGGUUUCGAUAGAAGAAAAAUUACAGGAAAUAAACUUAGGAAGAAAGAGAGGAAUAGGAAGACAGAAAAAUAGGUUGUUGGAUACAAUUGAUUAUCUAUGUUAUGAGGACAUUCAAAUACAGCCAGUGGAUGCGUAGUGGGAGAUUAAGUCAAAUGGAAGUUUAGGCUGAAAGUAGCUGACCCAAAAUAUUUCGGAUAACGGCAGAGAAGAAGAAAAAAAACGAAUUAAACUAAAAACUAAGACAAAAUACUAUUAGAAAAAAACCAUCGGGUUACUAGGCUCGUUUAAAAUAAUGGCAAUUAUUUUAUUAAUAUUUUAGGGUAAAACAACUUUAAUACACAAGUUUUUCGAUAAAAGUGAACAGCCGAAACCUACUUUAGCAUUGGAAUAUUCGUUUGCAAGAAGAUCAGGAAAAAGUCUGGUAGGUAAAUAAACACAAAUAUAUUAAUCGUUUGUCAUUAUAUUAUAUUAUAUUAUGAGUUAUAUUUUAAAAUCAAUAAUAUAAAAAUAGCGCACAGAAAAGCGCACUUGAAAAAUAAUAUGUGUAAUGUGCGUAUAAUUGAUUUAUUGAUUAUAAACAUAAUAUGAUCAUGUCUUUUAAAAAAUUUGUUGAGUUGUUUCAAAAGAAAAAAACAAACUAAAAUACGUAAACUGCGUUAUUACAAUAAUAAAUUAAUAAAUAUCAAUAAUUUGAUUACAGCAAAACGUAUUAUUUUAUGCGGGUGCAAGUUAAAUAUAAAAACAAAAUGUACAAUAUCACAAUGUAUUUUUGGGUUGUUUUUUUAAUAUUCAAUAAAAUAUACUCUUAUUAUUACCUACUAAAAUUAAGUACACCUUUUAUUACUGUGCUUGCAAAAUGUAAUAGAAAAUGUAGUCGUAAACUGCAGAUAUCUGAUGUCUCAAAACAGUAUGUAUGGCUGUAUUUAAGAAGUUGUCACCCCUGGCAUAUAAUUUUGUCAUCCCCUAGUUGUAAAAAUAACAUUUAUUUCAUCCAUGUUCAAGAUUCUUUAAUAUUUCUACACAUUUAAUGUUCAUAAUAUCAAUAAUAAUUGAUCAAUGGUAAUAUGCAUUUCAACAUCGAACAAUCAAUAAAGAGGAGUGACCGAGCGGGUAAGGAGUUAGUGAGUUAAGCACUCACUGUUACUGGAGAGACAGCCUGUCACGAAUAGCGAAUUUAUCUAGAAAUCAUCUUAUACAGGCAGCAUUGGCCGUUGAGCUUUACAAAGCCUCUUAAACUACAUGAUUAUGACGAACAAAUUAAUUAGUGAUAACCAUUUAAUAAUUUAAAAAAAUGUUAAGCCUUUAUUACAUAAUGAAAUACAAUAUUGAAUAAUGAUAUGUCACUUUAUCUAAUUAGCUAAUUUAUUUUAAGCAAUUUGCUUAAAAUGGAUUUUUCAUUUGUCAAUUCCGUCUUGUUUCUAUAUUUUAUGUUUACGUUCAACGAAGUUGGUUUUUUAAAAAAAUAAUAUUUAUCAAAUCAAGAACCGACAACAAUAUAUGGUGUGACGUGAAAUGUAUUGCCUAUGUUUUUUUUUGAAAAUUUUGCCACGCCUAGAAAAGUUAAAUUUAAGUUUUUUUUUGUCAAAUUUAAAGCCUCUUCAAAUAUUUUUAACUGAAUCAUAACUUAAAAAAAUCAAAAUUAAAAAUAAUAAAUUUGGUACAUUUUCUAGUUGUUUUUGUUUUUCCCCGAUUUUCACAGUUAUUAUGAAAAGGUAUAUUUGUUAAUCGAAGCAAGAUUUCUAGAAGAAAUGUUUUUUACAGAUGGAAAAAAAAAUUAAAAAAUAAACAUCAUUGUAAUACCAAACUAAAACUAAUAAGGAAAUAUCUUAGAAUUAAAAAUUAUAUUUAUUGAUAUUAACCAUGUAUACAAAUUAAUAUUAUUGCCAUCUAAAAAUGAUUAUAGUAUUUUACAACUGAUACAGCGUAAUACUAUUAAUACUAAUAAUUAGAGUUUUGAUUAGGCAUUUUCAAUCGGCUUAACUUUAUUGAGCAACGUCUGCUAUACCUACAUUUGUUUCUUUACUUUUUCACUUUAGCAAUUUUUAAAAAUGUCUUUUUGAUUUUACUUUAAAUAAUUUUAAUUUAACUUCGUGACUUUAUUUUAGAACGUUUUUUUCUGAGGUUAAGUUAGGUUUUGCAGAAAAAGUAACAAGUUUUUGUUGCUAUACACAAAUUUGAAGUAACCGGGUAUUAUUAUUAUUUCUUUUGAAAUAGACAAAGGACGUGUGCCACGUCUGGGAAUUAGGUGGCGGUUUAGUUUUCAAAGACCUGCUUUCGGUGAUCAUAGAAAAAACUAGAAGUCGACGACUGAGCGUUGUAUUGGUGUUAGAUCUAUCGAAACCGGACGUCCUGUGGAACACGAUGGAAAUACUUUUGGAAGAAUUAAAAACGCGUUUAGGAAACGUAUUUGACGGACACGACCAACAGAUCGACGUCAAACAUAUUGAAGUUUGUUUUUCUUGACAUUAUUUAGUAUUUUUAAUUUUGUGUUUGCACUCGAUGGUUAAAAAAUGAAAAACAAAUCUUUUUGGAAAUCAACUUAGCAAAAAAGUGAAUCUGAUAUUUCACUACUCGAUUGUUGGUUUCCAAAUAAUAAUCUAUAGACAAAUUUUGAUAAAUUCAAAUGUAUUGCUUUUACUAAUGACUUAAGAACUGUGCCGAAUAAAACGAAUUUAAUCAUAUAUAAGAAUAAUUCUAACGCUGCUUCAUGCUUAUGUCCAAGAUUAUCUAUACUCUCAUUCGUUAAGUACCUAGGAGUAUGUAUUGACCUAAAUCAAAAAUAGAAUAUUCACAUGGAAAAUCUAAUAAUAAAACUGAGACAACUAACGCACUUUUUUCUUAUCGUUAAAAGAACAUUAAACAAAAACUACCUUAGAGUAACAUACUUUGCAAUGGUCCGAUUUCUAAUACAAUACGGAAUGAUUGCUUGGAGAGGCUAUAACUCUACCUUCAAAUAUAAUUUAUCAGUAGCACGAAAAAACAUAAUGAAAAUUAUCUUAAAUAAACAGAAAUCUUUUCCGUCAAACGCAUUAUUCAAACUAUUACGAGUACUAAAUAUUGAAAAUCUUUAUAAAAACGAGCAAUAUAUCAUAAUUAUAAAUCUAAGCCAUUGAAAUAUAAAACCAACCCUUACAAUUUCUGGAUAAAACAUUUUGACAUUCCUUUUAUCAACACCCAAAAAGCUUCUUUAUACAUACUACAGAUUAUCCUAGAUGAAAUAAGAAAGUGCUCUAAUUUUCUACAUUUUAAAUAUAAACUAAAAAAAUUGUUCUAUGAUAAUUUGUAAAAAUAUGUUUUAUUUUAAAAAUUCUAUUUAUUGGUUAUUAUAUUAUUAUUCUUCAUAUUGUAUACCCUCUAUACUCCAAAACAGUUUAUUAUUAUUAUUAUUUUUUCUUUAUUUUAUUGUUAUCAUAUUCCCUAGUUAAUUGUGUUUUUUUUUUUUGUAGCUUUUUAUAAUUAAGAUCUUGAUAAGUAUUCUUGUUCUACGAAAAGAGGUUUUACCUCAGUGUCGAGCAAAGCUAGCAAUUUCAUUAUUAAUCUAUUCUACUUUUUAAUAUUUCUAUUACUAGUAAAUAAAGAUGAUUGUUAUUAUUAUUACUAAAAAAAAAAAAUCUAUCUAUAUUAUAGAACAGAAUAGAUAACAGUGAUAUUUUAUGUUUCAGGAUAGAAAGUUAAUGUCUCCUUUGCCCGUGCCAUUGGUGAUCGUGGGAAGUAAAUACGACGUGUACCAAGUCAGUCCGCCAAAUUUAAUUAGUAUUUCUAUCAUAAAAUCCAUAGUUUUUAAUAACAUUUCAUAAAACUAACGGACUAAGUUGUAUUCAAAUAAAAUAAUAUUAUGUUCGUUUGUUUUAAUGAUUUGUAUCUAAUAUAAAUUUAAAAUAUUGGAAAGAAAGCGUUGAACUAACUUUCCGUAAUGAUAGACCGGUUAUCUGACUCGCGAUUGAACGGCGCGCAAUGUAGUCUGUACAAAAAGAAACAAAAAUUACCCAAUGAUAAUAUAGGUAGGUAUAUAAUUAAUUGGUUUUUUUUUUUAAAUAGGGGCGUUGUAAAGUAACAACGGAAAGUUCACUUGACACUGCAUGAGUGUGUUUGAAUUGAAUACACCGAAACAUAGAGGACACGCUAUAUUGUCCGAUACGUCCUUAUCUACUCAUAUAUUAUCGAUAUUUAUAACAAUAGUGCGUAAAACAAUUUUUUUCUUUUGAACACUCGUGCAAUUCGAUACUAUUCAUAUAAUUAUUAGUAGGUACAUAAUAGGAAAAGUAUGGCUUAUCAAUCUCGGUAUCAUAACGCGUCAAGUUUCUAUAAAAGUCAGUUAAAAAAAAAAAAAACCGACGUUUAAAACUGAGUGAAAAACUCGAUCACAUACUAUUUAUGCUGAUAUUUAUUGCUAUCGUUAUUAUUAGGUAGGUGCGCUUUUACCUAUACCUAAUAAUAUUAUUUUAAUCUUAUAAUUUUCUCUAGGAUAUUUAUGCACUAAAAUACUAAUAAAUACCUGUGUAUGCACUUAUGCACUAAAAAAUAGCUAGGUAUAUAUAGAAAAUAGAUAAAAUAUGAAUUAAAAUUAAAAUAGUGAAAAUAAUGAAGUUUAGACAUAAAAUAUAAAAUAUCAAAUUAAUAUGGAAAUUAAUUAAUUUAUAAAUAUUAGAUAUUAUUGAAUAAUUAUCGUUAAAUACAUAUUAUGCUUAACAAUAGAUAAAAAGCCAAAAUAAAUACUUAUAUAUGAAAACCGGAAAAUAUGCAAAUAUAUAGAAAACAAGUUAAUGUUUAUAACACUAACAUCAUGAAACGAAUUUAUGUUCAAAAAUCCAUUCAAUAGGACAAUUUAAAAUAAAAACAUGCAAAAUUAUAAAUAUCCCAACCUUAAUUAUUUUAAUAUAUUAUUGUAUACGUGAAAAUUGACGUUAUUUUAUCAGUAGUUUGACGUGUUUUUUUGUUGGAUUCUGAGUGAAGCCAUAAAUGUAAAUGGUUUAACUAUAUCAGGGGUUCCCAACCUCUUUGUUAUGACGGUCCACAUAUUUACUCUUUUUUGGAUAUGCGACCCACAUUACAAAAAACUGCCCUAGAAUGAUGGGGGUACAGCUACUGUUGUAGGUGGGAAGUUGGGAAGGUAGGAUACAGAAGGGAAUUUAAUGUAUAUCUAUACGCAUCGAUUAACCAUUGCUAACGAAAAAUCGAUUCUGAGCGGAGUUCAAUUGAUCUUGAUGAUUAAAUUAUAGUGAUUAAAUAGGUAUUAUAUAUUUUUUUAAAUAAUAUUUAUUUGAUAUUGUACCAAUUUUCCCGGUCUAUCACAUUUGCUUGGAAAACUAUUGGAAAAAUCGAAAAAUGACCUCCUUAAAGUAUCUUCCCAAUUGAAUUUCCUUUUUAAAAAAUUGCUGUUAUUGUAUAUUGUUGGUAAAAAAGUUGUUCACAGGAAAAAAGAAGGCCAUAAUAUUUUUUAACUAAUACUUAUAUUUCGUACAUUUUCCGAUUUUCCUCCGUUUUUUUUUUUGGUUUUUCACAUUUAUUUUGCUUAUUUUAUCAUUAUUAUAACUAAUAUAUUUUUUAUUUUUUAUAUUUUAUAAUAUUUUCAUAGUUUGAGAAAUACUGUUCUUUAUGAUGUGUUUUUUUUUCUAUUUGUAAAGAACUUUAUUAUUAUAUAUCUUGCUUGUAUUAAAAAAUAGCUAAGGACUUUAUUUUUUGCAUUUUAAAUAUCGUCGGUGCACAAAACAAUUCAUUAUUUUAAACUUUUACGAUUUACGUUUUCUACCAGUAAACUACUUUACUUGACGACCGAUUCGAUCGGCUAGUUGUAUAUUAUUUUCUUAUACGGUUGACCAUGUCGGUUGAAAAAUGUAAAUACAUUAUCGUUAAACUGUAAGCGUCAUAAUUGUAAAUCUAUGCACCUAUAACCGUGUUAUUAUAGUAUUCGUAUGGCAUAAUAUUAACAUAAUAUUUUAUUUAAAUUACGACAAUAUCAAUAAUUUAAUAUACCUACCUACACGAUUAGUACGAUUAUGAUAGCAUUAUAUUAACCUCGUUUCUAGAAUUUCGAACCGGCGAAAAAACGAGUAUUGUGCCAAUGUUUGCGAUACGUAGCGCAAACUUUCGGGGCUUCGUUGUUUUUUUACGCCAUGAACGACGCGGCGCUCGUGAAAAGAUCUAAAGAGAUAAUGUCACAUUACGGGUUUGGAACACCAUUUCCGUAAGUCCGUUUCCGUAAAAUUCGUCCUUAAAACCGCGCCUAUUUAUUAGAUUAUUAUUAUUAUUAUUUUUUUUUUUGUUAUUUGCACAGAAAGACUUACGUACACGAUUCGAGUAAACCGCUUCUGGUGCCGGUUGGAUUCGAUUGUUUCGACAAAAUAGACGAUACCAAUGAAAUUGGUUGCAUCAGAUCCAUGCAUAAAUACAAAAAUGCGUUCGCAUCAAAUUUCAAACAGGUCUAUAAAUUAUUAAUAUAAUAUUAUUAUAGUAUACGUUGAUAUAGUUUAAGAAAAUUCAUUAUUAUUGUUAUUUUUUUUUUACUUCAUCGUUAUUGUGAAAAAAGUUCGUUUGAGCGAAUAAUAACGGAAAAUAAUCGUAAAUAGGCGCAACUAAUUUAUUAGCGAUCCUUGCGAUAUUUUUCUCGUCUGAAAACUGUUGUACUGAAAGGUGCAUAAUCCAAAUACGCAUAGGUACGCAGUUUAUUUUUUCAUUUAAAUUAUCGUUAUAUUUGAAUAAUCGAAUUUAUGUAUUACGUAUGUAAUUUACAAGUUUUUUACGUACAGUAAUAAAAUUGUAUAUACACAUUUUUUUUUGAAGUGUUUAUUAUAUUGACAUCUGCUGUUGCAGCAUUUCUUCGAAUCGUUAACCUCAAUUAUAACCGAAUGAAAACAUGUACAAUACAGGACUUCCUUAAGAAAUGUACAGUGGGAAUUCACGUUUGAGUAUAAUUUAAGAGGGAAAAAGUAGAUGUAUUCCAAUGGUUGUUGGCGUUAUCUAUGCUAGAAUGCCUUAAAUUUAAGAAUUUAAAAAAAAAAAUCAUUCAAAUCGACCAGAUAGAACUGCUGGACGAACUUUUAAUAGAAUUCAUAAAUUUAUUUAAUUUAUAGAUAUAUGAAAAAAAAAAUAUUCUAACUUUCCAAGUACAAUAUAAUAAUUUAGUUUAUACAUUUAUAGUUUCAUUUUGAUUUACUAAAAUACAUUAAUUAAUAUUAAUAUUAUCAUAAUACAUAAUUAUAACAGAAAUACCGAUAUAAUUUAUAAUAAAUAAUACAUAAACCGAAUAAUAAUAUCACAAAAAAUAUACACACUUAUGACCAUCAAUUAUUAUAAUAAUUAAUUGUGAUUUCUUAUAGGUAGCCGUAGAAUCCGGUCAACAAAGUACAUUGAACGAUGUAGAUCCGUUAAACGAUCCGAAUUACGCCGAUCCGCUGAUCGACGAAUGUCUGAAGAAAAAACAAGAGGUGCGAACAAAUGUGUUAUUUUUUAUACAACGUAUCGAUAAUAUUAGAUGUAUUUUAAUAUUGUUCUUAUCAUCAACAUAACAAUGUUUCAGGAGUUCAAACUUUUCGUGGACAAUUACGAAAAAUUUCUGAAUUCGGAAAAGAGCAAUAAGAAUAUAAAUAAUUCAUAAGAAAAAAAAAUCGACAAAAAAUAAUACAUAAACAAUUUUACAGGCACUAUACUCAUAUAUAAUUAAUAUACUGCAUAAAUAAAUUUAAAUUAUUAACUUAGAUUGUUAUGACAAAACAAUUUUAUGACUUUACGACGUUCGAUCGUAUUCCUACGUCAGAUGUUCGAAAAUGUUUUGUUCUAACCGUGAGUCCGUAACAGACGACGUUUUAUUUUACAACUGUUUUAAUAAUUUAAGUUAGGUCAUUUUUAGGACUAAUUUAAGUGAAAAUUUACGUCAUAGGACCUAAACUGUAAUAUUGAUUGUCACUUUCGCUCGUCAUCGUCCGACGAUAUUAUCGGUGAUGACGUAUAAAAUAGAAAAUACAAAAAUGCUACAACAGUAUUAUCAUUGUAGAAUUGGUAUCACUCGGAACGAGGUGGUGACCGCAGGCUGUUACCAGCGCAGGAACUUCUUGAAGUAAAGCGGUAUUUUUCUGAGUGGUUUAUUCAUCAUCCGCAGUCUGAUGACGUAGUAUGCGCUCACUCGGAACAGCAAUCCGAACACGGCCAGUCCGACAAACUGGUAGCCGAUGGACUGGCCACUCAUACCCAGAUCUCGGAGCAACAGUUCCGGGCUUCUGUAGUGACAGUAUAGGUCCUCUGUGCUGCAAUCCAUGUUCGCUCGACCGUUGCCAUACAAUGAGGUAGAUAUUCCGACCAGGGAGUAUCGCAAAAAGCUGAUAGCCAUCAGUGACUCCAUGAGAGGUUCGAUAGCUAGUCCGUAGCCCAUGCCGUAAACGGCCAGCGCGAGCAAGGGUGCCAGGACCGCCGGAGUCAGCACGGCUCCGGUCUGAAAAUCCAAUUUGGUUCAUAAAUAAAAUGUAAAAUAUACCCUUUACCGAAUAAAUUGUAGUGCUAAACAAAUUGCAAUGUAUACUUGUUCCAC